CACCAAAGGCCACCAAGGCCAACUCAGGAGCCCCCAGGGCCGCCGUCAGACGCAGCCAUGAACUCGUCCGGCUACGAAGACGCGGCGCCGGCGGAGGACGCGGAGGAGCUGCCGGCGGCGGAGAAGGAGCUGGCGGAGGACGCGCCGUGGAAGAAGAUCCAGCAGAACACGUUCACGCGCUGGUGCAACGAGCACCUCAAGUGCGUCAACAAGAGCAUCGGAGACCUGCAGAGGGACCUGGGCGACGGGCUGCGGCUCAUCGCCCUGCUGGAGGUGCUGAGCCAGAAGAAGAUGGGCAGGAAGCACCACCCCAGGCCCAACUUCCGCCAGAUGAAGCUGGAGAACGUCUCGGUGGCACUGGAGUUCCUGGAGAGGGAGAGGAUCAAGCUGGUGUCCAUCGGUGGGUAUCUGUGGGGCUGGGUGCUAUGGGGCUGGGUGUCUGUGGGGCUGGGUGUCUAUGGG